AUGUGCCAAACGAGUAAAUCUCGAGAGGUUGAACUUGGUAGUUUUGAUGGCACUACUAGUACUGGUGACGAUAUUACAGUGGAGGAUGAAACCAAUAUUAAUGAAAGCAGAAAUAAAUCAAGAGAAGAUGAAUCUAGUCGUGACUUUUUCCGAAGAGUUCCGGUGAAUAAGGCAGCUGCAGAGUUACUCUCACUGGGGAAAAUUGCCUGUCCUGUGGCACUAACAACAUUUCUUUUCUACUCAAAGACAAUAAUCUCAAUGCUUUUCUUGGGCCAUAUGGAGAAAGCUGAGCUUGCUGGAGGCUCUCUAGCAGUGGGAUUUGCAAAUAUAACAGGAUUUUCAGUGAUGAAAGGCCUUUGCACUGGAAUGGAUCCAAUUUGCUGCCAGGCCUUUGGAGCCAGGAGAUGGUCAGUUCUCAGCCAGACAUAUAUAAAAACCGUCCUCCUCCUGUUACUCGCAUCCAUACCCGUGGCAUUGCUUUGGCUAAAUGUCGAGCCUGUAUUCCAUCGACUAGGUCAGGACCGUAUCAUAACUAAGAUUGCAAGAGGGUACCUCGUAAUCUCACUCCCAGAGUUAUUUACCCAUGCAAACCUCGUGCCUUUGCGGACAUUUCUAAGGACUCAGGGACUGAACUCCCCAAACACAAUAGUCGCCACAUGUGUGUCAAUCCUUCACCUUCCUAUCACCUACAUCCUUGUAACAUAUUUGAAUUUAAGGGUAAAAGGGAUAGCAUUAGCCUCUGUUAUAUAUUCAAUCAAUGUCAAUAUCGGCCUUUUACUGUACUUGUUUUUCUCCAAGGAAGCCAUAAAGCCAUGGAAUGGGGCUAGUUUUAGCUCAAUAUUCCAGGGCUGGUGGCCAUUAUUGAGCCUAGCAUUACCAAGUUUAUGUUCAGUGUGCCUCGAAUGGUGGUGGUACGAGAUUAUUUUGUUCCUGAGUGGCUUAUUAUCCAAUCCAGAGUCGUCUGUAGCAGCAAUGGGAAUCUUGAUCCAGACAACAGGCACAGUUUAUGUAUUUCCAUUUGCUCUCAGCCUGAGCAUAUCGCAGCGAGUUGGCAACGAAUUGGGCGCAGGCGAGCCUGAGCGCGCACAAUUAGCAGUCAUGAUUGGGAUAUGUAUAGGUCUCGCAUAUGGAAUUUCAGCCUUCGGGUUGAGUAUAGCCUUCAAGUCCUUGUGGGGAAAAUUGUUCACAAAUGAGCCACAGGUUCUUGCUUUAAUCUCAGCAGCCCUUCCAAUCUUGGGAUUAGCCGAAAUUGGAAAUGCUUCUCAAACAGCAGCCUGUGGUGCCCUUACUGGCUCUGCACGGCCUAAAGUCGGUGCACGAAUAAAUAUUGCAGCGUUUUACUUGGUAGGCUUGCCAUGUUCUGUUCUAUUCACAUUCAAACUGAAAAUUGGAUUCCAGGGACUCUGGCUGGGAUCAGUAGCCUCACAGGCCGCGUGUUUAAGCAUGAUGCUGUACAUUUUGGCGCAAACUGAUUGGAGACACGAGGCGAAGAGGGCCGAGGAGCUAACAUUGUCUGCCGGGGAAAAGGAUGAAGGGGUCAACCUGGUGGCUUAA